GGUCCGCGAGAGCUGGAAUUUCAGGUGUGACGUCACUUUCCAGAAUCCCCUUCCUUGGUCGACGGGAGCGAAAGAAUAAAGCAACAACAACAAAAACAAGAUUCAAAAAAAGACAUUUGAACAGUGCGGCCGUCGCAGACUUUGGUCGGAAGAAGAAAACGAGGUUUGAACAUUUCCAGGAUGUCUCUGUACCCGUCUCUGGAGGACAUGAAGGUGGACAAGGUGAUGAGGGCCCAGGCCCAGUUUGCCCAUACCUCCACCCCCAACUCCACCAUGCCAGCAGCCAUCACCGAGGGGGGCGAGCAGCUGCAGCAGCCGGCUACUGCUGGGAUGCUGUCAUCCAGCUUGUACCCUAACCUGGAGGAGCUGGGAGAGUACAUGGGUCUGAGCCUCAACAGUGAUGAGGUGCAGCAAAACCUGUCCUUGCUGCCCGUGGCCAACAAUCAAGUGGCGGUGCCCUCCUACUCAGGUGUGGCGGGGAUGGUGUGUCCUAUUACGGGCUCCGACGUCGGCAUCAGGAGGGCCGAGGUCCGCCAAGGGCUGCGGGAAAUCAUCCUGUGCAAGGACCAGGACGGCAAGGUUGGACUGCGCCUCAGGGCCAUUGACAACGGAGUGUUUGUUCAGCUGGUACAGGCCAACUCCCCCGCUGCCUUGGCCGGCCUGCGCUUUGGCGACCAGGUACUUCAGGUCAACGGGCAGAACUGCGCCGGCUGGAGCGUGGAUAAGUCCCACAAGGCCCUGAAGGCUGCGGCCGAGACCCGCAUUGAGAUGGUGGUCAGGGACAGGCCCUUCCAGCGCACUGUCACCAUGCACAAAGACAGCUCGGGUCACGUGGGCUUCAUCUACAAGUCUGGGAAAAUCACAUCGCUGGUCAAGGACGGCUCCGCCGCUCGCAACGGCCUGCUGACCGACCACUACAUCUGCGAGAUCAACGGGCAGAACGUCAUUGGACUCAAGGAUUCCCAGAUAAAAGAUAUUCUCACGUCCUCCCUGACCGCCAUGACCAUCACCAUCAUGCCCAAGUUCAUCUACGAGCACAUGAUUAAGAGGAUGUCCAGCAGCCUGCUCAAGUCGGCCAUGGACCAUUCCAUCCCUGAAGUGUGACUCGGCACAAAGAGCAGGGAGUCUUGUAAAGACGCCAACAUCUCUUUUAUUCUUUCCUUCAACCGUCUGCCAUUAUUCCUCUUUGUUUACUUCAUCUUACAAUUGCCUUGGUGUCUGCUAAGAUCACCAAAUGUCUUUUUUUUGUUGUUGUUUUUUUGCAUUCUUGCUGGAGUCAAAGGACGGUCCGAGAUGGUUUCUAUUUUCCAUCCAUGCAAAGUCCGGAGCGUCCUCUGCGUUCAUUUCUCUUCUUGUCACUUCUGCUCCAAGAUGCUGUAAACAAGCCACGUCUCCCACGUCCAAAACAAUUCAAAAGAAUUCCACGGUAAUAUAAGCAGACAUUGAUCACAUGAUAUACGCUUACAUGAAGCUAACGUUAUCAUAGGGCUUUGCUUGUGCCAAAAUGACAUAAAUAUCAAAUGUAAUACGGAGCUCAUUCAAUAAAAUGUGAAAUAAUUUGCUAAAUUACCAAUCAUUCAUUCAGUUGUGAAAUAUCAAUCAAUAAAUAUCUUUAAACUGUUAUUAAUGUAUUAAUUGAAAAUUGGAACUUUUAUUUUUCUAAUGUACUACUGACCUAUUUUUUUACUUGCAAUAUUUCAAAUUUAUUCUCUAUUUUUUUAUUUUUAUUAAAACAGAUUUAUAUGGUAAUAUUCCACCUUUUUUCUUUACUAUUAUAAUUUUACGGAUGUUCCCCCAAAAUGCAACUUUCAUGUUAAAACAACUAUUACCCACAUUAUUUUCUGCCCUAUUUGAUAAGAUUUCAUUAUUAUUGUUUCCGACGACUUUAUUUGCCUCAUUUUAAAAACUAAAAUAUUAUAAAUUCUUCCUACAAUUAUUUCCCAAAACAUUGUUAGUAUUUUCACUUUAAUAAAAGUACAUUUUCACAAUAUUAUUACAACACUUUUUCAUGACCAAUGCACAUAUUCAUAAUUGUAUUAAAUUGCUCUGUAUUUAUUGGCAUUUUGAAAUGAUAAAAUGUAUAUUUGUACUUUUAUUUCAUGACACUGCAUUGGAAAAAUAGCUGGACAAUCACAUUUUUCAAUUUCAUGAAAUAAAUGACAUAAAAAAUAAGUCAAUUAAAAAAUUUGAUAAAAUUAGAUACAUUUAAUUUAAUUUAAAUUAAAUUAAUUAAAUAAAAAAACAAAUUAAAAAAAUAUAUUAAAUGGAUGUACUGUUAUGAAUAUAUUGGUCAUAAAACAGUUUCAUAAUUUAAUUGUUGUCUUAUAAAUCAUUUCACAAUUUAAUGAAUGAUUGAAUUGGUCGGAUAUUUAUUCAUUUAUGGACAAAAAAGCCACAAAAGAUGGAAAUGUGCUUGUAUAUUUCAAGAUGGGGGUACAGGGUAGUUUCAUUUCUUGGGAGCUGACUAUGUGCUGGACGGAGCCACUAAGUGCACUUUCCAUGACCUUUUUUAAGAUACAUUACCUGUGUUCUUUCUGUCCUUAAAUAAUUGUGCGUGUGGUGCCUCCUGUUUGAUAGCAGACGUUACAUUGAACUAACUUCUAAAUGUCCCCCUCGCUGUCCUUUCCCUGGCUAAACAAAAGCCGCAUUUAAAAAACAAAAAAAAAGUAUAUUCUGCUUCUGGAUGCAUGUAUUCAUCUCCCACAUAUGCAAUCUGAUAUGAAUGUAAGCAACAUACUACUAUUGUCAAGCAAAUAAAACACAAUCAUUA